AUGUCUUCUGACUCCGGCUUCACCCUCACCGUCCUGGGCUGCGGCACCAUGGGCAUUGCCAUUGCCAACGGCGUCCUCGAGUCCUUGGCUGCUGGCGUCACACCAGGCGACGACGUCCCCGCUUCGCUGCCUUCCAAGUUCAUCGCCUGCGUCCGCAGCGAAAAGAGCGCUGAGCGCGUCAAGACGGCGCUGGCCGCCCACUCCUCGCGCGUCGAGGUCGUCCGCAACGACAAUGUUGCUUCCGUCCAAAAGGCCCAGGUCAUCCUCCUGGCCUGCAAGCCGUACAUGAUCAAGGACGUGCUUGGCGUCGACGGCAUGGCCGACGCCCUCAAGGGCAAGCUGCUUGUCUCCGUAUGCGCGGGCAUCACCGCCGAGGCCAUGGAGGAGGCCGUCUACGGCAAGGUUCUCGAAGGCGACGCCUCGAAGGACGGUCGCUGCCGCUGCAUCCGUGCCAUGUGCAACACGGCCGCCCUCAUCCGCGAAUCGAUGACCGUCAUCGGCAUCUCCAACCCCCCGCUCGCGGACAAGGACAAUGCGCUCAUCACUUGGAUCUUCAAGCAGAUUGGCGACGUCGUCUUCCUGCCCGCCAACAACAUGGACGCCUCGACGGCGCUGGCUGGCUCCGGCCCCGCCAUGUUCCUCCUGAUGCUCGAGGCGGCCACGGACGGCGCUGUCGCCAUGGGUGUUCCUCGCGCCGAGGCCCGCCGCAUGGCCGCGCAGACCAUGCGAGGCGCCACUGGCCUGGUCCAGAGCGGCGAGCACCCUGCUGUUCUUCGCGAGAAUGUCUGCACUCCCGGCGGCUGCACCAUUGGCGGUCUGCUUGUUCUCGAAGACGGUGGUGCUCGCGGUACCAUCUCUCGCGCUAUCAGAGAGGCUACUGUCGUUGCUAGCCAGCUUGGCAAGGGUGUUCAGAAUGUCAACGACUUCACGGACGGCUCAAAAUCUAUUGUCGACUCGAAAUUCUUUUGA